ACUCUUUCAUCAUUUUCGUGAUAGAUUGAAAAGUAAGAAAAGAGAGACUUGGAAGAGUUGAGAAGAAGACUCUCCAAUCGGUUUUCUAUCGAUCGAUCCAUCUGUAGAGAUAGAAUCACAGUGAAGAAGAUCAAAGUUCUUGAUUCAGAGAGAGAACAACUAUAGAGAGAGAGAGAGAGAGAGGAGACACAGAGAUGUCGUCGUUUGAUACAUUCAGCAACGACGGAGAUGAGGUGAGGAGCUCGACUCGCCCCUUCGACGAUGAUGGAUACAUGGGCUAUGACCCUAGGUUGCCUUCCCAGAGGUAUGAAUCUUACUCGAAUUUCGCCGCAGAGGAGGAAGGCAAGGUUGAAGACGUAAUCGACGAUGAACCUCCACCUUCCUCUGGUUAUCAUGAUGGGUUCCCCGUUGAAGAAGAAGAGGUUUCAGUUCAUCACGUCUCCCAUUCCGUCGAUGCCAUCCCACCUUCUCCUGAAAUCUAUGGCUUCGAAGAUCCGAACCCCGAUUAUUCGUCUUCUCCGUUCGCUGGUAUGCCACAAUCGAACGGAAAUGGGAAGCCUUACGACAUUGGUGCAGACGACGAUGGUUUAUUCACAUCCGACGGGCCCAUGCUUCCUCCUCCGGAAGAAAUGCAGGAGGAAGGGUCUGCUCUUCGCGAAUGGCGACGCCAAAAUGCCAUUCAUCUCGAGGAGAAGGAGAAGAGGGAGAAGGAGAUGCGGGCCCAGAUUAUCGAGGAAGCUGAAGAAUAUAAACGGGCUUUCUAUGAAAAAAGGAUACUUAACUGUGAGACUAACAAAGCUAAUAAUAGAGAAAGAGAGAAGCUUUACUUGGCUAAUCAAGAGAAGUUCCACAAAGAGGCGGACAAGCAGUACUGGAAAGCAAUAGCAGAGCUUAUUCCUUACGAGGUCCCCAAUAUUGAGAAAAGGAGAGGAAAGAAAGAUCAAGAAAAGAAACCAUCAAUUGUGGUCAUCCAAGGUCCAAAGCCUGGGAAGCCCACUGAUCUUUCGAGGAUGCGGCAGAUACUCGUGAAGCUGAAGCACACACCUCCACCUCACAUGAUACCUCCCCCACCUGCACCUGCGAAGGAUGGUAAGGAAGCCAAGGAUGGGAAAGAAGCCAAGGAUGGGAAGGAUGUCAAAGGUGGAAAAGAUGCUUCACCAACUGCGGUGGAAGUAGCAGCUAGAGACUCACCUGCUGCUAGAGACAUUGCCAUUAAUGGCACCCCAGACUUAUCCACUCAGGAGGCUCCUGCUGUAACCAAGGACCAGCCUGCCGCAGUGCCCGAGCCAGAGCCAGCCACCACUGCUUGAUUGUGAUGGCAUAAGAUGGGAUUUUCUGUCCUUUUUCCUCAAAUUUUCUUAUAUUUUUAUUUUUCCAUGAAUUGAAUCUUCUAUUGCUUACCAUAUCUUAACAUGUCAUUCAUUACUAGAAUAAACAAGGUAGGACUAGAUCACUUAAUGAUUUUUGCAGUUUGGGCUAUCUGAAGAUUCUGAACCGUAAAGCUACUUUUGUUUUCUUCCAGAUUUUUUUAUGGGAGUAAGGGAUUGAAAUUUA